AAUCCCAGCGCAGGAGGCAGGAUUAACUCAGGCCACUGCUGAAUAUUAUUACUUCCUGGUUGAGGAAUCCUGUUCGCGUACAAUAUUUAAAGUAGUUUUUGUAAACUUUUUUGUAAAGUUUUUAGGACUAGCGGAGCAGAAUGUCUGAACACUCCUUUGCCAUACCAAUAUCUGUAGUGACAUUAUUCUGGGUGUUUGUUGGUGGAGCUGUGCCGCUGUUUAUUCCCAAGGGGCCAAACAGAGGUGUUAUCGUGAUCAUGUUGAUACUGACUGCAGUCUGCUGCUAUUUGUUCUGGUUGAUAGCCAUCUUAGCUCAGCUGAACCCACUGUUUGGACCAACGCUGACCAACGACACCAUAUGGUACCUCUGGCACCACUGGUCCUAAAUAUUGGGUUAUCUGAGAGCCAGGACCUGGAUCAUAACUGCUUUAUAUUUGAAUGCAGGUGUAAAGAGAAACCAGCAACAUGUAUUAAAAUCCAGAAGCUUGUUGUAAAAACAGAAUAAGGUUUUGUACACUCCAUUUUAUUUUAAACGUUUGCUCAUUCGAUCAAAUGAUGUAACACUUUUUAAUAAGAACAAAUGAUAUUAUGGAUUAUCAUUAUGGGUUACCAAGUGCCAUACUAUGUGAAAUAUGGUAUCCUUAUAUGUCAGACCUAAUUGGUUACCUGGUAAUUCUGAAUGCUCAAGCUUGACAAAGCUCCAUUAUGGUGUCUUUGAAAUUUUGUUUCCUUCUUGGGACUAAUAGACGCUAUUAUUUAGUGGAGGGUUUGGCAUGCAGCCCAGGGCCAUGGGCAGAUCCAAGCAUUCAGUGCAAUGCAGUGUGCUGCAGACCGCCUAAGUGAAAACACUGGCAGCGAUCGCCCUGCCCACUGGUGGAAUCUUGCACUUGUUCCUUUUUUGAAGAUCCCAGCACUCAGACACCUCAUGCAUGUUAAAGUGUGGAUACAUAAUAUAAUUGUUAGGAAUGAAUGAUGUGUAUAUAUGUAGGGAAGCUUGACGUUCAUUACAAUGAAAAUAAUUGUCAGUGUUGCAAACUCAAAAUUUGUGUAAUAAGUGUUUAAAUCUCAUUACUAGUCUGCUCCACUUUUAUUUUGUGUUAUUAAAUACAUGAUGCUCUGUGAAAGAUAUAUUUCUAAAGAUAUCUAUACUUAAUUAUUUAAUUGUCUGAAUUACAUGUAUGUGAAAUUAUAAUCAUUGCCAAUUGCAAGUACAAGCCCUGUUCUUACACAACAGAACUUCUUUGACUUGGACCUUUUCUUUUGUGCCAUUGUCCAAUCAGGACCACCUUCAUCAGAAAAUAAAAAAAACAAAACAA